UCCGAUACACUCUCUCUCUCUCUCUAUAUAUAUAUAUCUAUGCAGACACUUACGCCCAACAUCACCGACGCGUUCAACGUAAAGCGCUGCCGUUUCACGUGCAAGGUCUCAACGUUAAACCCUACAAAACCGCCAUCGGUUUUGCCGGGGAAGAAGAAGACGAACUGGGAACACCUUAGAAACCUUGAAAAGGUUCUCAGAACCUCUAAGAACCACAACGACGUCAAUGGAUUGUUGUCGCCGUCUCGAAGAGACAAGAAGAGACGGACCUUGCUCGGAGGUCUGAACCUUGCCCGAAUCUGGCCGGAGAUGAAGGCGGCGGUGGAGGAAAUGUCGCCGAAGAAUCUGCAGCGGCUCCAACGGCUCUUGUCGAAGUCGCCGGAAUAUUCCCCGAAGAACAGUCUCGGGUCUCGGUGGAGGGAGCUGCACGGAUCCAACAACUGGGUCGGGUUGCUGGACCCGCUCGACGAGAAUCUCCGGCGAGAGCUCGUCAGCUACGGCGAGUUUGUACAGGCGGCGUACCAUGCCUUCCACUCCGACCCAGAAGGAGCUUCCCCAGGACACGUGGCGCUUCCCGACGGAUCCUACAAGGUGACGAAGAGCCUCUACGCCACGUCAUCGGUCAGGUUGCCGAAGUGGAUCGAUGACAUGGCACCAGAUCUCAGGUGGAUGACUCAGCAGACUAGCUGCGUUGGUUACGUGGCGGUGUGCGAUGACCCGAGGGAGAUCCGACGGAUGGGGAGGAGGGAUAUAGUCAUCGCGUUACGUGGGACCGCCACGUUGCUAGAAUGGGCCGAAGAUUUUCGGCCCAAUCUCGUUCCGGUUCCCCACCCUGAGCCCCAGCCCAGGCCCGAAAUCUUUGACCAGAAUCCGCCCAAGGUGGAAUGCGGGUUCCUCAGUCUGUACAGGACACGUGGCUCUCACGUGCCGAGCCUCGCGGAGGCGCUGGUGGGAGAAGUGAACCGCCUCGUGGAGCUCUACAGAGGGGAGGAGCUCAGCAUCAGCAUCACCGGCCACAGUCUCGGGGCCGCUCUCUCUCUCCUUGCCGCCGAAGACAUCGCGGCGAGUGUAACUCACGCGCCGCCGGUUGCAGUCUUUUCUUUCGGCGGCCCGCGCGUGGGGAACCAGGAGUUCGCCCGCCAGAUGGAGUCGAGGGGAGUGAAGGUACUUCGCGUUGUGAAUAACCAGGACGUGGUGACCAAAGUCCCCGGAAUAUUCCCGGAAGUGCAUGGGCAAGAUGGUAAUAAUAACGGGAGAAUCCAGGGGGCAUUGAUGGAGAUGGUGAAGAGGAACAACCCCUGGGAUUACUCGCACGUGGGGGCAGAGCUUCGUGUGGACACGAGAAUGUCGCCGUACCUGAAGCCGAAUGCUGACGUGGCGUGUUGUCAUGACCUGGAGGCGUACUUGCACCUCGUGGACGGGUUCCUGGCGUCGAACUGUCCGUUUCGGGCAAACGCGAAACGGAGUUUAAGGAAGCUGUUGGACGAACAGAAGUCUAACGUUAAGGUUUUGUACACGGGGAAAGCCAUGGGGCUCAACCGUUUUGUUCUCGACAGCAAUAACGGAGACAAUGCGCUUUUUAGCCCGUCUUCUUCAUGACCACGUUUUUUAUUCCCCAUUUUUUUCAUUAUUAAAAUGUUACUCAUUCUAUUUUUUUUUUCGGAUGUCUAUAUCAAUGUGCAGUGUCAUUGAUGUGUAUCCAUGCAUAUUUUAUGAAUCAGAUAUCAAUCUUUGUUUUUACAUUUAAUGGCAGCAGUUUCAUACUACA